CGCGGCUUCGCUUCUAGCGGCCGCACAGUUGAUUGCGAGUUGUCGAGCGAGUCGGAGCGUCCGAUGCAGCAGUAGCUCUCACAGCACUAGCAGUUGCAUCCAGCAAAGUCUUUGGCUGUUGGUUGUUGGUUCCCUCGCCGCAUAUCUUUGGCACGUCUGUUUUUUUUUAAAUAUUUUUUUGAUUCGCAAGUGCAGUGUUUGUGUGAGCAAAAUCGAAAUGCCGUUUCCCAUUCAUCCACCGAAGCAAAUGCCUUGUCCGCACUGGCAGCACUUUCCCAUCAGUCCGGUGGACAGCAAGCCGGCACCGUUUGGCAGCAGCAGCAGCAGCUGCAAUGGCGGCGGCGGCGGCGGCGUCGUCAGCAGCUUCAAGAGCGAAUCGUCCAUGUCAGUUGAUAAGCCACCAGAGCCGGUGUCCUAUCGCUACUGUGUGCAGUGCAAGGCAGCUGGCAAGGAUGUGGGCGGCAUCAGUCAGGAUUGAGUGCCAUUUGCCAUUUGCCAUUGCACAUCUUCUUCAUACAUUGGCAAUGUCACGGACAGCAGCAGCACCAGCACCACCCACCCAACCACUCAUUCAGCACUCACAAGACACACAUCAAACCAAACAAAACCAAAUCAAAUCAAAUCACAUCCACCUCAACUACUCCACUUCAUAGCACAAUCUCGAGUGGGCCAGCGUUGAGUGCUAAACUUAUAAUAAUUAUGAUUCCAAGGAACAAUUCGUUAUUUUUCGCUUGUUUUGUUUUCUUUUUCUUAUAAGAUUUUUACAUUGUGUUUGCCUUCUGCUCGUCAAAACUUUUGCAUUUUAUUUUACGUGCCAAUUAUAGGAACACUAUACAAUCUAUAUA